CCAUUAUCAUUUUCUCCGGCGGUAGCUCUCAAGGGUGACCGAGUGUUAUAGUAAUAGUAACGGUUAUAGUAAUAGACUAAGAUAGUAUUGCUUUCGGUUUCGGUUUUGGUAUUGGAUUUGGACGAUGGCAGCGCUUCCACGUGUCCCCUUGGUGAUCUCAAUCAGUGGUAGCACUCAAUGCCGUAAAUGUAGUUGGGUGAAGGUGAAAGCUUCUCUAACAGUUCCAGAACCUUCUACUCACUUCUCUUAUCUCACUCGCUCUUCUUCUUCUUCUUCUCGCUCAACAAACCCUCUUCGGCUACACAAAUCUCUCUCUCUUUCAGCUGCAAUGGCGGAUUCUUCUUCUCCUCCUGCUACUUCUACCGUGCUUGUUACCGGAGCUGGUGGCAGAACUGGGCAAAUUGUUUACAAGAAGUUGAAGGAGUCAAGCUUGUAUGUUGCAAGAGGUCUCGUAAGAACACAAGAGAGCAAGGAAAGCAUUGGAGGAGCAGACGAUCUCUAUGUCGGCGAUAUAAGAGACGAAGCCAGCAUUGUUCCUGCACUCCAAGGCGUUGAUGCUCUUAUAAUAUUAACUAGUGGUGUGCCAAAAAUGAAACCUGGGUUUGAUCCAACCAAAGGAAGGCCAGAGUUCUAUUUUGAAGAGGGUGCUUAUCCUGAGCAGGUUGACUGGAUUGGGCAGAAGAAUCAGAUAGAUGCCGCCAAGGCUGCUGGAGUGAAGCAAAUUGUGUUAGUUGGGUCUAUGGGUGGAACAGACCUAAAUCAUCCCUUGAACAAAUUGGCCAAUGGAAAUAUACUGAUUUGGAAGAGGAAAGCUGAGCAGUAUUUGGCUGACUCUGGUGUUCCCUACACAAUUAUUAGGGCUGGUGGCUUGCUAGACAAAGAAGGUGGUGUUAGGGAACUGCUUGUUGGAAAAGAUGAUGAGCUUCUCAAGACUGAAACCAAAUCCGUCCCUAGGUCCGAUGUUGCAGAAGUCUGCAUUCAGGCUCUGAAGUUUGAGGAGUCCAAAAACAAGGCAUUUGAUCUGGCAUCAAAGGCUGAGGGAGCUGGGACACCAACUAAGGAUUUCAAAGCCUUCUUUUCUCAGAUCACUACUCGGUUUUAAUCUUCAGAAGCCAGAAAGUAUUGCUGCUGGUGAAGUAGUACACCAUUAUCAUUAUUAGCCAUAUUACAAAUUUUAUCAAGUUAUUAAUGAGUGAAAUGAUUUAAAAGAAAGAGUAUGACCCGGGUCUUAUGCUCAUUUGGUUUAUAUACAAUAUGGGCAUGAACUGUCAUGAGUAUUGAGUAACCUGUAUUAUGAGAAAUGAAAGAUAAACAGAAGCAUGGUCAAUCAAUCUUUUAGUUUUAUAUA